AUGCAUCCUACACUUCUAAUAGAGGAAAAGGAAAAUGAACAAGAAUAUGAUAUGGGAGAUUCUAAAAACGCGGAAAAGAUUCGUAAGAUGUGUGAAGAGUACAAACCUAAUGAAAAGAAGAAAGAAAGUAACGUUGAAUUGAAAAUAAUGCUUACCGAUGAAGAACCAGUUUUUCAGAAUCCCCGACGUUUGUCACCCUUAGAAAUGAAUGCCGUGAAUAUGCGAGUAAAAGAAUGGUUAGACAAAGGAAUAAUCAAACCUAGCAAAUCUGAUUUCGCCUGUCCUGUAGUUCUGGCUGCUAAAAAGGAUGGGUCACGUAAAAUGUGUAUAGAUUAUCGACGAUUGAAUAAAAAGGUAAUUAAAGGAAGAUUUCCCUUACCUAUAAUAGAAGACCAGAUAGACAAGUUGAAGGAGGCUAAAAUGUUCACGUCCCUUGAUCUGAAUAAUAGCUUCAAAAGUACAUCUCAUUUGUAA